CGGCCGGCGCCGCACAGAACUUUGCCGAGCGCUUUCUCGAAGGCAGGUCUCGGACUCGCGCAGCUCCCAGAGCCGUCUCCUUCUGCUGCCGCCGCCGCCCUGUUCUCUCGGGAUUCCUUUUCUGCGGAGGGUAGACGUUCUGCUUGAGGGAAGUUGAGGUGGGCCAGGGGGAGUGCUGAGGAGGAGCGACGGGGGUGGAGGGGGCGUUCCAGUGAUAGCUUCAAGUCCGUACGCGGGGCGCGUGGGGCUCCGGCCGCAGCGAAUCUCUCCCACCUUCCCGCGGCCGCCGGGCGGGCGGGCGGGCGAUGCGGCCGCCGAGCUCCGCGGCGCCAAGAAGGAGAGCGCCCGGGAGAGCCUAGAGCUUGUUUCUGCCCACUUGGGAAAGGGCGCAUGGAGUUGUGAGCGCCCCUCGCUCGGCGAGGCGGCUCCCGGCAGACUCCCCAUGGCCGGGACGUACAGCUCCACUUUGAAGACGCUGGAGGACUUGACCUUGGACUCCGGGUAUGGGGCCGGGGACUCGUGCCGCUCGCUCAGCCUCUCGUCCUCCAAGUCCAACUCGCAGGCGCUCAACUCUUCGGCGCAGCAGCACCGCGGGGCGGCCUGGUGGUGCUACUCCGGCUCCAUGAACAGCCGCCACAACAGCUGGGACACGGUGAACACGGUGCUGCCAGAGGACCCCGAAGUGGCUGACCUCUUUUCACGCUGCCCGCGCCUCCCAGAGCUGGAGGAGUUCCCCUGGACUGAGGGAGACGUGGCCCGGGUGCUUCGCAAAGGUGCUGGAGGCCGGCGGUUGCCCCUGUUCUCGGCCGAGGCGGUCAGGCGCCUGGCCGGGCUGCUCCGCCGGGCGCUCAUCCGUGUGGCCCGCGAGGCGCAGCGCCUGAGCGUGCUGCACGCCAAGUGCACCCGCUUCGAGGUGCAGAGCGCCGUGCGCCUAGUGCACAGCUGGGCGCUGGCCGAGAGCUGCGCGCUGGCCGCUGUCAAGGCGCUGUCCCUGUACAGCAUGAGCGCCGGCGACGGGCUUCGCCGGGGCAAGUCGGCGCGCUGUGGCCUCACCUUCUCCGUGGGCCGCUUCUUCCGCUGGAUGGUGGACACCCGCAUCUCCGUGCGUAUCCACGAAUACGCAGCCAUCUCGCUCACUGCCUGUAUGGAGAAUCUGGUGGAGGAGAUCCGAGCCAGGGUGCUGGCCAGCCAGAGCUCCGACGGAGGAGGGGCCGGAGGCGGGGAGGUGUCUGCUGAGGCCCUGGAGAUGGUCGUCAACAACGAUGCGGAGCUUUGGGGCGUCCUGCAGCCCUAUGAGCAUCUCAUUUGCGGCAAGAACGCCAACGGUGUCCUCUCCCUCCCCGCGUACUUCAGUCCUUACAACGGCGGGUCCCUGGGCCACGAUGAGUGCGCCGACGCCUACGCGCAGCUGGAGCUCCGGACCCUGGAGCAGUCCCUCCUGGCCACGUGCGUGGGGAGCAUCUCGGAGCUGAGUGACCUGGUCUCCCGAGCCAUGCACCACAUGCAGGGGCGCCACCCACUGUGUCCUGGCUCCAGCCCCGCCCGCCAGGCCCGCCAGCCGCCCCAGCCCAUCACCUGGUCCCCUGACGCCCUCCACACGCUCUACUACUUCCUGCGGUGUCCCCAGAUGGAAUCCAUGGAGAACCCCAACCUGGACCCCCCCAGGAUGGCCCUGAACAAUGAACGGCCCUUCAUGCUGCUGCCGCCGCUGAUGGAGUGGAUGCGUGUGGCCAUCACCUACGCGGAGCACCGCCGCAGCCUCACCGUGGACAGCGGUGACAUCCGGCAGGCCGCCCGGCUGCUGCUGCCCGGCCUGGACUGCGAGCCCCGGCAGCUCAAGCCCGAAUGCUGUUUCAGUUCCUUCCGGAGGCUGGAUGCGCGAGCGGCUACUGAGAAAUUCAACCAGGACCUGGGUUUCCGCAUGCUCAACUGCGGGCGGACGGACCUCAUCAGCCAGGCGAUCGAGGCCCUGGGCCCCGACGGGGUGAACACCAUGGACGACCAGGGUAUGACGCCACUGAUGUACGCCUGUGCUGCUGGGGACGAAGCAAUGGUUCAGAUGUUGAUUGAUGCUGGAGCAAACUUGGACAUCCAGGUUCCAGGCAACUCUCCCAGGCACCCCUCCAUCCAUCCUGACAGCCGGCACUGGACCUCACUGACAUUUGCAGUGCUGCACGGACACAUCUCUGUGGUCCAGUUGCUGCUGGAUGCUGGUGCCCACGUGGAGGGCUCGGCAGUGAGUGGUGGCGAGGACAGCUAUGCAGAGACGCCCCUGCAGCUAGCCUCUGCAGCUGGGAACUAUGAGCUGGUCAGCCUGCUGCUCAGCCGCGGCGCUGAUCCCCUCCUCAGCAUGCUCGAAGCCAAUGGCAUGGCCUCCUCCCUCCACGAGGAUAUGAACUGCUUCAGCCACUCGGCCGCCCAUGGUCACAGGAAUGUCCUGAGGAAGCUCCUGACGCAGCCGCAGCAGGCCAAAGCAGAUGUGCUGUCCCUAGAGGAGAUCCUGGCUGAGGGCGUGGAGGAAAGCGAUACGUCGAGCCAAGGCAGUGGCAGCGAGGGGCCUGUGCGGCUGAGCCGGACGCGCACCAAGGCCUUGCAGGAGGCCAUGUACUACAGCGCGGAGCACGGCUACGUGGACAUCACCAUGGAGCUGCGGGCGCUGGGUGUGCCCUGGAAGCUGCACAUCUGGAUCGAGUCCCUGAGGACGUCCUUCUCCCAGUCCCGGUACUCGGUGGUGCAGAGCCUCCUGCGGGACUUCAGCUCUGUCAAGGAGGAGGAGUACAACGAGGAGCUCGUGACCGAGGGCCUGCAGCUCAUGUUCGACAUCCUCAAGACCAGCAAGAACGACUCGGUCAUCCAGCAGCUGGCUGCCAUCUUCACGCACUGCUACGGCAGCAGCCCCAUCCCCAGCAUCCCCGAGCUCCGGAAGACCCUGCCAGCCAGGCUCGAUCCUCACUUUUUGAACAACAAGGAGAUGUCGGAUGUGACCUUCCUGGUGGAAGGAAAGCUGUUUUAUGCACAUAAAGUCCUGCUGGUGACGGCUUCGAACAGGUUCAAGACACUGAUGACCAAUAAAUCAGAACAUGAUGGUGACAACGGCAAAACCAUUGAGAUCAGCGACAUGAAGUACCACAUUUUUCAGCUGAUGAUGCAGUAUCUGUACUACGGAGGAACAGAAUCCAUGGACAUCCCCACCAGUGACAUCCUGGAGCUGCUGUCAGCUGCCAGCCUGUUCCAACUGGACGCCUUGCAGCGCCACUGCGAGAUCCUCUGCUCCCAGACCCUGAGCGUGGAGAGCGCCGUGAACACCUACAAGUAUGCCAAGCACUGACCACUGUUGGCGGUCGCCUGGCUGGUUCCUUGGUUUCUCCGUCUCCCCGAACUAGAACAUCAGCUCUCAGAGAACACUGCAGAGACCUCGGCCUCAGGACCUGGUGCCCAGUGCUUGGCCCACUUGAUACUUGUUGAACUAAAAUAGUUACUGAGCAUCUGCCACGUGAACACUCGUGUGCUGGGCCCGCUGCUGGACAUCCCACAGGGACAAUCCCUGCCCUUAGCAAGGGAGCUUCCAAUCCAGUGGCGAUAGCUGGCAUUCAACAAAACGUCAACAGUGGGACGUGGAUCAAGAACAAGAUUUCAGGGACGUUCCUGGUAGCACAGCUGGGAUUUGAACCCAGAUUAGUCUAACCCCAGGGAGAUGUCUAUGGAAGGAAUUCAGACAAGGGGGAGGUCGCCCCAAGACGCAGAGACAGGGCAUGUUUCCUCCGGGCCGAGGCUCAAAGCUGGGCCUUGGCCCAUGGGUACUGAGGCUGUGGGCCUCACCUGCUCUCCCUGCC